AUGUCCCUGAACGCAUUCCUUUUUCGCCCGCCUGGCGAUGAUGCGGAUGGCUCCGAUGGGCCGGGCGUACCGACACAUGGCACCACGGCCCUCCACGAACAGCACCCGCGAUUUCGAGCCCGAUACAUGUUGUGUCAUCUCAGUGGUACACUGCCUGCUGCUCAACCAUAUCUAUUCAACCAGUCAACUUUCCUCACGAGUAUCGCAUCUAGUGCACCAUCUGUCGCAUCCCUUGGUUUGAGAUGUGUGACGCCUACAUACAAGGGUUGGACCAGGAGAAACUCCGGUCGCGCUCUCUGGGGGAACGAUGAGGACGUUGCUUCACCUACGGGGGCAUCGUUGUCCUCAUCUUCUCUACAAGCCGGUGACAGCGGACCUGGGUUCGCGAAUACUCUCAACAGGCUCACAAGGGCGUUAUUUUCUAUUACGAAGGAUAAUCGCGCAGGCGACAUCUCACAGACGGUAUACUCAGUCCCAACACCUGCCUCUGUCAAGCGCCUUCUACCAACCCCCCAAGCUGCAGCCUCACUUACGGAGACGACUAACCUUUCUUUGGCCACUCAUUACACAAAUUUCUCUACUCAAGCUGUAGUUCCACUUACGGGAACAACUUCUCUCUUCUUGCCACCGCCUCCACCUGAUCUUGAACCAUACACCACCGGCCAGACUCGGUAG